CAACAUGUUUGGUUUGUAAGCCACAUUGACUUACAAGACCAACAUGGUUAAAUGGAUGGUAAAUGACCAUUCUCAUCCGUAUUCCUUCACCCAAUAUGUCACUUGUCUUCCAAAGUCAUUAACAAUUCAAUCCCAACUCCCAUCAUGUCAUCUACGCCCAUCCGCGUAGGCAUCAUCGGCCUCUCCUCGUCAGCCACCACCUCGUGGGCGGCUGACGCCCACCUGCCCUGCUUCGACACGGCGGCCGGGCGCGAGCGGUACCAGAUCGUCGCCCUGUGCAACAGCAGCGUCGCCGCCGCGCAAGCCGCCAUCAAGACGUAUAACCUUCCCCCGGACACCAAGGCCUACGGUAGCCCCGCCGACCUGGCCGCGGACCCCGACGUCGAGCUCGUCCUUGUGAACACGCGUGUUGAUAAGCACUUCGAAACUACGCUGCCCAGCCUCAAGGCGGGCAAGGAUGUCUACAUCGAGUGGCCGAUCGCGUCGAACGCGGCGGACAUUGACCGGCUUGUCGUGGCCGCCCGGCGCAGCGGCAGCCGGGCCUUGGUCGGCCUGCAGGGCCGGUGGGCGCCGCCGGUGCUCAAACUCAAGGAGCUGCUGGACAGGAGUGAGGAAUUAGGACUUGGCCGGCUGCUGAGCAGCGAGGUGCGCGCGUACGGCGGCACGAGGGACCGCGAGAUCUUGCCUGUUGGGCUCAAGUACUUUGCUGAGAGAGCGGUUGGCGGGAAUCCCAUUACGAUUGGGGUUGGUCAUGUUAUUGAUUAUGUGCAAUCUGUGGUGGGCGAGCUGGUCCCAGGUUCGGUGCACACGCACCUGCAGCUGCAACGGCCAGAGGUCAGAGUGCGCGAUCCGGCGCAGAACGACAGGAUAGUCGACACGAUCCGGUCCGAUGUACCCGAUUUGCUGUCCCUCCACGGCACCGUAACCUCUUCCCGCACACACAACCAACCAGCGUCCUUGAUCUUCACCUUCCGCCGCGGCCAGCCCUUCCCCGGAACCCCGGCAUUCACCUGGACCCUCCACUGCACCGCCGGAGAGAUCCGACUUGUCGCGCCGUCGGGCAUCAGUCUCCAGGCGGACGGCGCACAGGACGUGACCAUACAGCUCCACCGGUUCGAUUCCGACACGGUUGAGGAGGUGCCGUGGGGGUGGGAUGAGCGGCAGAGACAGGUGCCGUUGAGGGCGAGGAGCGUGCAGACUGUUUUGUAUGCGUAUGCCGAUGCGAAACGGAAGGGCUUUGGAAAGGAUGAAGGACGGGACGGGUGGGUUGAGCUGGAGGAUGCUGCUGUCAGGGCAGCCCAAAUUGCCGGGUGGUUGGACGGAUUUCAAGCAUGAUUUCCAUAUGGGAGCACCUGAUUGAGGUAGGUACAUGAAUCUUUAAUAAUACCAGGAACUUCGAGUUGCAUGCGCCUUGGAUGUGGGGAAGUGGGCGAUGACUUGGUACUCGAAGGCCAGUAGUAUGAUCUAGUUCCUGUUAUAGUCUCUAUCUCCAUCAAGUUCAACGUUUUCUUCAGAAAUGUAAAGCUCGUCGAGAAGUCAAGGUGAAGCGCACGGCCUCUCGGACUAUCUAUUUCUUUCCAUGCUUCUCCCAGACGACGCCUACUCUAUGGCCAGUCUAG